CGUCGUCGCAUCGACUCACAUGCACAUCUUAUGAGUCGGUAGGGCUCGCACACGUAUAGAAUGCAUACGCGUCGACGCCCGGCUUGACCUCGAGUACUUCUUAGUGUCGUGAUGUCAGCCGACAUCAGCAUUCGCCGGCAGGUGCUGAACUUGACACACCGAGUCCGCUUCUACUGCGAACAUGGCCCAAUUGGCGGGCGACGACGAGGCGCAAGGUCCGGCCGCAUUGCUGAAAUCGGACGAUACCUCAGACAUGGGCCGGCAAAGUCCUGGUCCAGAUGCUGCCAUUCGAAAGCUUGCAGUACCCGGACACGUCCAACACGGCGCAAGCCAUGGACAAGGGCAUCAGGGUCGUCAUCAUGAUGACCAGUCUCAGCCUCACCAUCAACAACGGCAUCUCGCGCUUACAAAGGCAGAUGUCCAUGGCCCACAGAUGCUCGCCUACGAUGUGAUAGAGCCAUCAGAUGUAGCAGAGUCCGUAUCGUCUGCUCCGGUGAGCUUUGCCAAGCCAACGACGUCGCGACGUCACAAGGCGCACAAGACUAAGCCCGCUUCGACAAUUUGGUGGACUCCGACAGCCGGCGACGCAGCAUUCCCUUCAUGGCAGGCUACGCACACAUUCAAUCCCUACAUUGCGGAGCCGGCUGCCGCAACGGCCUGGUGGACGCCGGGACCAGAUGACGGCGAUUACACGCCACCUGCACCAGUGGCUGCUGAAAUCGCGUCGUCUACUGCAAUGACAAUCCCAGAAGUCUCGUCAGUUCCGCCAAUGCCAGAUGCAGUCAUGGCGGACUUGUCAGAUGCCAGUACGGUACCCUGCAGCUCUACGGUAUCCUCAUUGUCCCUUGCAGCCGAAGUGGCGACCUCGAGCUCAUUCUCGAUUGAGGCUGCAUCCAGCUUGUGCACAAGCUCUGCCGCGAUGCAAACUGCGUCCAUCUUUACCACGAGCUCUGCAUCGGCGAUAGCUACAUGCAGCUCGAGCAAGACUUUCGCCUCGAUGGACGUUGCUUCCAUGUCGAGCGAGAGCGCUGCCUCGAUGAAAGACAUACCCGCUCCGAGCUUGAGCUUUGUACCGGCGGACGCCACAAUCAGCUCAGGCGGGAUUUCUGAGUCGACGAAAGCUGCUACCGCCACAAGCACAAGCUCUGCAUCUCUCACAGCGCAAGCUGCUCCGCCGAGCACUCUCACCUCUACAACCGCUGCGAUGUCCACAUGUAGUGGUUCUAUGAGCGAUCAGGCCCUUCAUGCAGCUAAUGACAUGACAGCGUCGAGCCCUUCGGCGCUGGCGGCAGCGGCUGAGGAAGCAUCGUCGAGCGUCUUCGUCGUGACCAGCACGCAAUAUGUCUAUCCCGAUGGUAGCCCUGCCAUCAUCGAUGCCAUCGUUGACAAUGAGAACGAUAGCUACAGCAGACAAGUCGGUGUACCUACCUUGCGCCACCGGAGCUCAUCCACGAUCGGUUCGACCUAUACGCUUUCGGUGACCGCUACAACGACAAUCGCGCCUGGCACUCGCCCUACCGAUAUGCCCGAGCUGAAUGCCCACGAUACAGUCAAUCUCGGCAACCUUAAGCUAACACGCACGACGGGUGUUCUCGUCUACAUCAUUAUCGGGAUGGCCUCAAUUGCUAUCCUUGCCAGCGCAGUCAGCUAUGCCUUCUCUCGCAUCUCACGGAACCGUCGCGGGGCACCCAGCGUAUUUCGCAGCGAGUCUCGUCACGGUUACCCAGAGUCGGUUGUGACUGUUGAGGAACGGUCCGAUGAAGCGAAGCCUGCACCUGAUGGAAUGACUCAGAUCGACCUAGGCCAGGCAAGCGCGGAACGAGUCAUGCCCUGGCAAAGUCCCUCGCGAUUCGCCAAAUCCCUCAAAGCCAGUGCAUUACCUCGUCGGGUCUCGCCUUAUGCGACUGAAUUCUCUCCCGGUCGAACCUCUCGCACACUCGCUACGAGCACGUAUAGCACGCACUCGGAUCAUCAAGUCAGCGAACUCAUUCGACAGCGUGCAACGUCGACUAGUCGUCAGGCUCCGAUGGAAGACCUGUAGAGCGGUGCAUAUCCUUCAACACAUAACAUCACCUGGAUCUCGCAUUCUCUAGCUUGCGAAGGCGCGCGGCUUGAAGCCUUUGGGCCUUUUGCGCCCUGAAGUCUGUCUCUGAAGUUGAUGCUAAUAUGC